GUGGUUCCGCGGUAUCUCCGCAGAUAGGCAGCUCGGUGUCCACAGCCGCGCGGUUCCUGGAUAGGUUUUGGCGGUUCUCGGAGCCUUGGGGCCUCCUGGGCCAUAUGUCGGCAACCCUCUGCCUGGGAAGAAGGAGGUGGCAGGUGGCCUGGAAGGCCCCAGCAGGACGGAAGGCGGAACUGGCCCGAGCCCUUAGCUUUUGGAGGCGCGGAGAGUGGAAACCUGUUUGACCUGUGUGGCCUGGAUUUGUCUCUAGCGUUUGCGUUUGCGCACUUGAUUGACUCUAGGCUUUCAGCAGCAACGCAGGGUCCUUGGACAGACUCCUCCCACCAGUGGGUACUGGGCGCUCACCCCGGAAGCGCACUACCAGCCAGUGCAAGUCAGAGCCACCCCUUCUUCGUACAAGCAAACGUACCAUCUACACAGCCGGGCGGCCACCGUGGUACAAUGAACAUGGCACACAGUCCAAGGAGGCCUUUGCCAUUGGCUUGGGAGGAGGCAGUGCAUCUGGGAAGACCACUGUCGCCAGGAUGAUCAUUGAAGCGCUCGAUGUGCCCUGGGUGGUCCUACUGUCCAUGGACUCCUUCUAUAAGGUUCUGACACAGCAACAGCAGGAACAGGCUGCCUGCAACAAUUUCAACUUUGACCACCCUGAUGCCUUCGAUUUUGAUCUCAUCAUUUCGACCCUCAAGAAACUAAAGCAGGGCAGGAGCGUCCAAAUACCCAUCUAUGACUUCACCACCCAUAGCCGGAAAAAGGACUGGAAAACACUAUAUGGUGCAAAUGUCAUCAUCUUUGAGGGUAUCAUGGCCUUUGCUGACAAGACACUGCUGGAGCUCCUAGACAUGAAGAUCUUUGUAGACACAGAUUCUGAUAUCCGACUGGUACGGCGGCUACGCCGGGAUAUCAGCGAACGAGGUCGGGAUAUUGAGGGCGUCAUUAAGCAGUACAACAAGUUUGUCAAGCCUGCCUUCGAUCAGUAUAUCCAGCCCACCAUGCGCCUGGCAGAUAUUGUAGUGCCCAGAGGGAGCGGGAACACGGUAGCCAUUGACCUGAUUGUGCAGCAUGUUCACAGCCAGCUGGAAGAGAGGAAGCUGCGUUGGGAUAUGGCUGCGUUGGCCUCAGCCCACCAGUGCCAUCCCCUUCCCCAGACACUGAGUGUCCUCAAGAGUACACCACAGGUACGAGGCAUGCACACCAUCAUCAGGGACAAAGAGACUAGCCGGGAUGAAUUCAUUUUCUACUCCAAAAGAUUGAUGCGGCUGCUUAUUGAACAUGCACUGUCCUUCCUACCCUUCCAGGACUGCACUGUACAGACCCCACAGGGGCAGGACUACGUGGGAAAGUGCUAUGCUGGAAAGCAGAUCACUGGCGUGUCCAUUCUGCGUGCAGGGGAAACCAUGGAGCCUGCACUGCGUGCCGUGUGCAAGGAUGUGCGCAUCGGCACUAUCCUCAUCCAGACCAACCAGCUCACAGGGGAGCCUGAGCUUCACUACCUAAGACUUCCCAAGGAUAUUAGUGAUGAUCACGUGAUCCUGAUGGACUGCACAGUAUCCACAGGUGCGGCAGCCAUGAUGGCUGUACGUGUGCUCCUGGACCAUGAUGUGCCCGAAGACAAGAUCUUCUUGCUAUCCCUGCUCAUGGCAGAGAUGGGUGUGCACUCUGUGGCCUAUGCGUUUCCACGUGUGAGAAUUAUCACCACAGCGGUGGACAAGCGUGUCAAUGACCUUUUCCGUAUCAUCCCAGGCAUCGGGAAUUUUGGCGAUCGCUACUUUGGGACAGAUGCAGUUCCUGAUGGCAGUGAUGAGGAAGAGACAGCCUCUGUGGAACAAGAUGUAGAACUCUCAGCUUCUUCUCCAGCACCAUGUCUGCCUGCUUGCUGCCCUGUUUCCCGCCAUGAUGAUAAUGGACUAAACUUCUGAACUGUAAGCUAGCCUCAAUUAAAUGGUUUCCUUUAUGAGUUGCCAUGGUCAUGGUCUCUUCACAGCAAUAGAAACCCUAAGAAGUUGAGAAUGAAGUGAAAGGUCCAGCUUCUGUCUGAGGGACAAGGUAUUCUUACCCCUGCAUCCUGCUUUCCUUACGAUGAUUGAUGAUUGAAGCUCAUUCAUUCACUGCCAGAUGGAGAUAAGGGAAGUAGAGUCUCCAAAUGAACCACACAGCUCGAUACCCACCUGACUUAGACCCAGAGACAGGGCGACCUAAGAUUCUGAGUGUUAUAGGAAGCAGCCUCUGUGGCCAUUCCCUCCCAACAUUUACAUUACCAGAAGAAACUGGUGGGUGUGGGCAGCUAUGGCAAGGACUGAGCCAUGGAAGAAAACCCAGCUUAAAGAUGGUCAGAGCCUCAGGUUCUCAGAACCAAAGUCUCAUGCCUGGCCCCACCUUGCUGCGACUAGACUCUAGAGGGUAAGACAAGCUUCUCUGCAAACUGUUAGGCGAUGACAGACAGAUGCAUACUGACAGCUACUGGAUAUGGGCUGUGACAGGUAGGCUAGGAACUAUUCAAGUUUGGUGUGUGCCUUUUUCCUACUUUAAUGAAAUGGGGACGGGAAGUUGCUGAGUAGAAGUGAUCUUACAAUGGUGGGGAGAUAAGGUGAGUGGUUUGUUCAAGGGGCAGCCAAGCACUAGUGACAGAGGACCAAGCAGAGGUCAGGAGUACCUUCUCUGUAACAUGGUAAGUAGACCCUAUCCAUGUCUACAAUGGCUCAUUCAUUCCUGCACUUUAUGCUAGGAAACUGAAGAUAUUCUUUCCAACCAGGUUUUCCCAGAGGAAGAAUUUAGGAAUACUGUGAGAACCUGGGAAGGAACCAGAUCCUUCCUAGGAGGGGUCUACCCAAGUCCAACCAGGAUGACUGGUUCCUGAGAACAAAUCAAGCCAAUAUACGUAUGCGUACAAAAUUCAGCUGCCUUAGCAGGGAUUAAAGGCAUGAGGGACUAACAAGUUCUUUUCUUUAUUCCAGACAAAGCAUUUAGAAAUGAGGUGUCAGAACUGAUGAGGGGUAUUCACAGCUAGAUCAGAAAAAUGGAAAUGAGGCCUCAGCCCACUGGGGACCCAGCAGGGGAUAACACCAGGUGCCAUUUCAGUGCCAAAUUCAUGAACAGAAUUAGGCAGGAAUCAAUACACACAUCUGGUCCGCAGUGAAAACAUUUAUUUUUUACAACAGCUAUCUUUAUUUUAGGUCAACAUUUAGACAGGUCGCCAUGCGGAACCACCACAGCUUUCGGCUUGGCCCUUGGAGGCACACCAAAGUCAGUUGUCUGGGCUGGCAGCAGCUUGUACUCUGCUGUAUCCAGACUUCAGUAAAUGGGUAAAACUGCUACAGGCUUUCCAUGCACUUACAUACAGCUCUUAAAAAUUGUCUUUAAAUUAAAAUUUCUUCCCCCAACUUAGCAUGAGACACUUCCGUAGAAAAACCAUCUCCCAGCAGCACAGCCUACGGGACACUUGACCGGGCACUGGACAGAGCCCCUGCCCAGGCGUCCUUUAUGUGCACCUUGAUUACUGAUUUCAACAGGUGCUCAUACAUUGGUUUUAGUGUUUCAAGAGAGGAAAGCUUCUAGUUAUGUCCUAGACCUCAUAUAUUUGAUGAACAGGUGACUUGGCAUGGUCCUGAGAGAUAUAUUUGGUAUGGUCACCCUUGUGACCAACAUACACAGCUGAAGCCAAACACUGGCCAGGGCCUAUGCAGUGUAGUGCAUCAUCCAAGUACAUGUACCUAUAUGUACACAGUAAGCUUAGGGUGCAGUGCGGUGCAUCCAAGUACAUGUACCUAUAUGUACAUAGUAAGCUUAGGGUUUCCUUUGGUGUUCUGCCAAGAGACCCUACCCCUGCCCAACACUUCAAGAAACCACAGGCUGUUUUGGAGCCGACUUUUAUUGUACUUGUUGCUUUGCCACCAAACAGCAGCAUGACAGGCCUGCUGCAUGAUAUAUACAUAUACACAUAUGUACACACACCAACACACACCAUAGCCCACACUCACAGCAUGUGACAACACAUACUGUGCUUGUGAGGAUAGUAAAGAUGUAGCUUUUGCUAUUUCCAUAGGAGGAAAACUGAACCAAAAUAAAAGGAACAGGUCAGUGCUGAGACACAUGGGUUCACAGCUCAAAACCCUGGGAAAAGAAUGAGAUCAGUCAUGUUUUACACUGUUCACAGCUAUCCCUCAAUAAAAGGUGCACUGAAAGCCAAGGAAGAUGGUAAUGGCCCACCAGCUCUCCAUACCACAGCACCUAGACUUUCCAGGGACAGCUUGAAUGAUGGAGACUACCAGCUGCAACAGCAGCUUCUUUGUACAAGAUUUACCUGGAAUAAAAGUCAUGGGUCAGCAGGACAAGGGGCACUGGUAUUAGUAAAACCUGGCACCUGAACAUUUGAGAAGAGACUUGGCUUUAUUAUUCGGGAACAAACCCAGUAACCGACAACUUGGGAAAGUUUCCUGCUAACCACAUUAAGCACUGGUUUCUUUUCCUAACAGGUCCCCAUUGGGUGCUGGCUGUGUUAACUGAACAUCAGAAGACUAGGAAGGGUUAUAAACAUUGCACAGAAUUAUCUAAAGUAAUUUAAAAACACAGUCAAAAGGAAGACAAGGAAAGACCACAUCAUUGGGCACAAACAGAAAUCUACACUCUAGCCUUGGUGAGAUGGGUCCCCAGGGUUCCUCCUAAGUACUCUCUGUAGGUCAGAAGUGGUUGGGUUUCUGGUUCUUAAGGGGCAUCCACUGCACUGGAUGAACUUCUUUAUAUUUAAUAGUAUUUGGUCAGGAAUAGUCAGGCUGAUCCUAAGACUCACCAGCUAUGUUUAGGUCAGGGCAAAUGAAACCAAGGAGAAUUUAGGUCAACUCAGCAAAACCUUGCAAGGGAGUUUGUGUUCAGGGAUAGGUCAGAGAGUUCAGUGGCCUUGGCAAUCACUAUUAUCACCUUGAAACUGUUGUACAUACUGAUGGUUUCAAGAUCAACAUGAUUUACUUAGCU